AUGCCGCGGCUCCUCGGUGCUCGGACCCGGGGGGGCGUCGCGCUCUGGCUCCUGCUGCUGCUGGAGCUCGGAGCUCGGCGCGUGACCACCUUCCAGGGCUUCUACCUGCCACCUGCGGGCGGCUCGCUGCUGUCGCCCGCCCGGAGGACGGACGGGGUGGUCCGGACCAUAGACCGGAUUUACCACGGUGGGGGGAAGGUGGGCUACCUGGUGUACCUGGACGGGAGGCGCUUCCAGCUGGACAUGGAGCGGGACGAGUCGGUGCGCCUCAGCCCCCAGUACGCGCUCGCGGUGAUGGGGCAGAGUCCCGCGCAGCGGGAGUGCGCGUACCGGGGGACCGUGGACUCGAACCCGGAGUCCCUGGCGGUGCUCAACGUGUGCGGGGGGGGUCUGGAGGGCUUCUUCGCCGUCAACCGCUCGCGCUACACCAUCACCCCCAUCGUCAGGGCCAGGGGACACGAGCACGACGUGCGCGCCCUGCACGACAAGGACGCAGAGAGCGCGUUGCACGCGUUCACGCGCGAAAGCUUCAGCUUCGAGGCUCUGAACGAGGGGCGCGAGAGCUGCGGCACGCGCGACGCGCGCCGAGGACGCAGAGACGCGAAGCGGCAGAGGAGGGGACGCGGCGCGCGCGGCAGGAGGCGGCGGAGCCGCUCCGCCGAGGCUGCGCGCGGCAAGAGGUCGGUGUCGCGCGCCAGGCACGUGGAGCUGCUCCUGGUGGCGGACGAGACCAUGGCCAAGAAGUACGGCCGCGACCUGAACCACUACCUGCUGACGCUGGCCUCCAUCGCCUCCAGGCUGUACGGGCACGCGAGCAUCGAGAACCCCAUCCGGCUGAACGUGGUGCGCGUGCUGACGGUCACCGGGAAGGAGAAGGGGCUCGAGGUCUCCAAGAACGCGGCGGCGACCCUGAAGAGCUUCUGCAAGUGGCAGAACCAGCAGAACCCGCUGGACGACGAGCACGUGCAGCACCACGACGCGGCCAUCCUCUUCACCAGGCAGGACCUCUGUGGCCACCACUCCUGCGACACCCUGGGCAUGGCGGACGUCGGUACCAUCUGCUCUCCAGAGAGAAGCUGCGCCGUCAUCGAGGACGACGGGCUUCACGCUGCGUUUACAGUCGCACACGAGAUAGGUCACCUCCUCGGCUUGUCCCACGAUGACUCAAAGUUCUGUGAGGAGCGCUUCGGUGUGAACAGCGACAAGCGGCUCAUGUCUUCCAUUCUCACCUCCAUCGACGCCUCCAAACCUUGGAGCCGCUGCACCUCGGCAACCAUCACCGACUUCUUCGAUGACGGCAACGCCGAAUGUCUCCUCGACUUGCCCCACCAGCCACUCCUGGGCCCAGAGGAGCUCCCAGGCCAGAGCUACGACGCCGUCCGCCAGUGUCGCUUGGCCUUCGGGCCCGAGUACACCGUCUGCCCCGGCAUGGACGUAUGUUCUCGGCUGUGGUGCGCGGUCAUCCGCCAGGGACAGAUGGUGUGUCUGACCAAGAAGCUGCCGGCGGUGGAAGGAACGCCCUGCGGGAAGGGUCGAAUCUGCCUGCAGGGAAAGUGUGUGGACAAGACCCGAAAGAAGCAUUACUCCGUGUCUAACCAUGGUAGCUGGAGUUCCUGGGGUCCUUGGGGUUCGUGCUCGAGAACUUGUGGAGGCGGAGUGCAGUUUGCCCAGCGCCUGUGCAACAACCCGCCACCCCGGAACAACGGGCGCUACUGCACGGGGAAAAGAGCCAUCUAUCGAUCCUGCAACGUAAUUCCAUGCCCCGCAUCAAGCAAGAGUUUCCGUCAGGAGCAGUGUGAAGUCCGCAACGGUCCCCAAACGGACCCUAAAGGAGUGAAGACUUUUGUCGAGUGGUUGCCUAAAUAUGCAGGAGUUCUCCCUAAAGACGUGUGCAAAUUAACCUGCAGAGCAAAAGGAACGGGAUACUAUGUGGUGUUCUCCCAAAGGGUGAUCGAUGGAACGGAGUGUCGCCCUCACAGCAGCUCGGUGUGUGUAAAGGGGAAAUGUGUAAGAACGGGCUGCGAUGGCAUCAUUGGCUCCAGGCUCCAGUUUGACAAGUGUGGUAUAUGUGGAGGGGACAGCACAGCGUGUAUACGGGUGGCUGGGAACUUCACAAAGAGGAGCAAGGGCUACACCGACGUAGUGAAGAUUCCCACAGGCUCCACUCACAUCAAGGUCCGUCAGCACAAGGUCAAGGAUCAGACCCGCUUCACGGCCUACCUGGCUCUUCGACGAACCAAUGGUGACUACCUCCUAAAUGGCAAGUUCAUGAUCUCCACCUCGGAGACGAUCAUCCCGCUCAACAGCUCUUUGCUCAACUACAGCGGCUGGAGCCAGCACGAUGAGUGGCUCCACAGCAUGGGCCCCGGGGCUCUGAAAGAACCUUUAAUGGUCCAGAUCCUAGCAACAGAUGCCAAAAAGUCCCUCGAUGUCCGUUAUAGCUUCUUUAUGCCGCGGUGGACAGCUCAACGUCAGCCAUUAAUUUCAAAGUCGAUCCCUUCACAGAGCACUGCGAUGACGUCUACCACAACAAGAUCCUCCACAAUUAGCACUACUACGUCUUCCUCUAUUACCCCUGCUCCGGUCCCAGGAACAUCUACACCUCCUGGUCUCUCAACCCCAACCCCAGGGCCCAGGUGGAUAACAGGCACUUGGAUGACAUGCUCCAGGACUUGUGAUAUGGGCUGGCAGAGCCGGACAGUGCAGUGUAAGGACCGCGAUGACAAACUGUCUAAGGGUUGUGCUCUGGACGCCCGUCCCUCUGCCUUCAAACACUGUCUGGUCAAGAAAUGCUGAAGCGGCAGGCAAGGACGAGAUGUUUUAAUCUGCAGAUCUAAAAUGAUCUAAAACGUUGGAUGUAGAACUACAAACCAAUGACUUUAAGACAUAAAGUCUUAAAUGGAAUUGUGAAUGUUGGCGUAAAAUACGCCAGAACCGGACACAAGGAGAUUCAGCGAUAGACUGGCAUAAUGUGCCGCAGAAUGACCUGGAAUCCUUCUAGCUAUGCAGAAC